UGGCAGUCAGUACUGCAUACUACACUUUAGUUGUACGCUUGUACGCAUACCGUUAGGUUCCGASCCGUCGCGAUACCAAUAUACGUCGAUCGUGCGUUUCGAUAUCAUAUAAUUUUUAAUUUUCCAGACAUCAAUACUAUUCAAGUCAUUAUUUUCACUAUCCGGACGUAAACGAGAUUCGCAAUAAUAAUAAUAAUUAUAAUUCAACGUCCGUCUCUUUGGUCAGACAGUUCAGAAAUAUUUUAUACGUCUAUACAAUCCAAUAAAUAAAAUGACAUCGAUACCAAAAAACGUAAAAUUACGCCGAGAACUUGGUCUUUUCAGCGCAGUCUGUCUAAUUAUCAGCGUAAUGUUAGGAUCGGGAAUAUUUGUGUCUCCGGCCAAUGCAUUAAAGAACACAGGAUCUGUUGGCAUGUGUCUUGUCAUUUGGAUGUCUUGCGGUCUUUUAUCACUUUUGGGUGCCAUGUCGUACGCCGAACUCGGUACGGUUGUCAAUAAAUCGGGAGGCGAGUUUAGUUUCUAUCAGUCUGCAUUUGCGGACAUGCACAAAUUCUGGGGACCUCUGCCAAGUUUCAUAUAUUCUUGGGUGAGCAUCAUGUACGUUCGCCCUGCCGAGGUGGCCAUCAUUAUAUUGACGUUCGCUGAAUACUUCAUCCGGCCGUUCAGCAUUAUGACUUCCAUGACGCCCGAAAACGAACAUAUGGUGAAGAAGACCGUCAGCAUACUCGCUCUCGGUAUCAUAACUUUCAUCAACUAUACUAGCGUCAAGUGUUUCAUAAAAAUCCAAAACGUGUUUACUAUAUGUAAAGUCACCGCCUGCUUAGUUGUCAUAGGUGGUGGACUAUACCAACUCUACCAGGGCAAUACUAAGAAUUUGAUGACUGGAUUCGAGGGUACAACUUUAUCCUUAGACUCACUUCCAAUUGCCUUUUACAGUGGCCUUUGGGCGUACGAUGGAUGGACGGCUACGACCGUGGUGUCCGAAGAAAUCAAGAAUCCUCAAAGGAACAUAUUGCUCAGUAUUCUUCUCGCGGUGCCGUUUGUCACCAUGAUUUAUGUUCUGAUGAACGUGUCAUACWUGACAGUCCUGUCGGUCACGGAAAUGACUUCGGUCCACGCGGUAGCGGUGGAAUUUGGAACACGAGCACUGGGAAGUUUUAGUUUUAUAAUUCCGCUUGGCGUGGCCACGGCGACUUUCGGCUGUGCGCUCAGUGUCCAAUUCGGAAUAACCCGGUUGUGCUUUGCCGCGAGUAGAGAAGGUCAGAUGUUGGAAGUCUUCUCUUACGUGAGCGUAAAAAAGCUGACGCCUGCCCCCGCUGUUGUUUUACAGGGCAUACUCACGUUAAUUUGUCUGUUGUGUGGAGACAUUGUGGUUUUAAUAGAGUUCGCUAGCUUCUUAGUGUGGAUGUUCUACGGUAUUUCCAUGGCGGCAUUGUUAGUGAUGCGUUAUACCAAGAGAGACGUUAAACGUCCAUUCAAAGUACCAAUCGUCAUUCCAAUAUUCGUGCUCAUCGUGUCCACCAUUUUGUUCAUCACACCCAUUCUCAACGAUCCCAAGCCACAAUUCCUCAUUGGUCUAGUGUUCAUUCUGUCGGCAUUUUUGAUAUACAUUCCAUUCGUGUAUCAAAAAAAGAGGUUAUCAAUAGUCGAUAACUUCACGAAGUUCAUUCAAGUAUUAAUGGUGGUUGUGCCGCCGGAGAAAGAUGAAGCGAAUUCCGAGGAAAAUCGCGUCGUAGAAGACGACGAAGGUGAAACUGAGGUACCCGCGAUCGCCGCGUUGGUGUAAGAAAUAUUUAUAUUAUAUAAAGUCCUCGCCUUCCAAACGACUUUCUAGAUGGUUGCGUUUUAUAUAACUAUACAAUAUUAAUUAAUAAUUUUUAUGUAUAUACGACUGUGGAAACGGAAUUCUAAUUUAUUAUUAAUUUUACGUCGUAUUACCACGCCUGCGCGACACGUAAGGGACGAGUCUGUGAUAUUAGGAUUAACAAUUGUAUAGUCUGUAUAAAUAAUUAUCCUCGAAUCAGUCGUAUUAUAUAGCUUCGAGAAUAACGCCACCGAAAAUUGUAUUAAAGAUCAAUUUUUUGUAUAAUAGAUUUUUUAAAUUUAUUCAUCAUCAUCUUAAUUGUAUUAUUAAUAUUUAUUAUAUUUAUAUAAAAGGUUUUCACCUGUGUCCUAUGUAUAUUUACCAAUUACUGAUAAUGUUGUCUGUAUACAUAUUGUAUAUUAAUAUCAUAUAAUAUAUAAACUAUGUGGUUCGAAUUAUUGUAACGAUUUUAUAAGAAAUUUUUUAUUUUCGAAUAAAAAAAAUACUAUAAAAUGAAAAUAUUUUUGUGAAAUGUGUAUAAUUUAAUAUUUUACGGCCUUUAUUGUGACUGCCAAAUGGUAUAAUUAUAAUGCGUUAUAUUAUAUACUUGUAUGUAAAUAUGUUUACUGUGUAAUAUGUUUUUCUAUUCUUUGU